AUGACCAUGAAUUUGCUGAUUUGGAGGCGGCCGCAGUUUGACGCCGCAAGGGUCAUCAAGGUUAGGCUUGGGAAGAAGGUUGUGAAAGGUGAGAAUGGGAAUUGGAAGACGGAUGGGGAGCUUGUGGGUGAGGAUGGGCUACGGCAAGGAAAGCAGAACGCGGAUGCAGUCUCCCACGGUGACGCCCACGGCGACGGAGCCAAUAACGAAAAGGAAGAGCAUCAAUAUAUCUGGCAGACAUUUCCUGAGAAGGGCACAUUCUUGGGCCGCCUAGGCUGGGCGCUGGACCUCUCAUUCAGUUUCCGUGGUGCGGCUAACCACCCAGGCUGGAACUACUCCAUAACAUCAAUCCCACGGCCGCCGAUCCCCCGGCCCAUCCAGCACUGCUCGCCCGUCAUCAUCACCACUAUCCCUCCAAAAACUACAAGCGGCCACGCCAUCCCCCUCAGCGAAGCCCAGCUCCUAACCAGCCGCCUCGCUCGCGUCGCAUCAUGCUACCUCAUCCUCGACCUUCUCUCUGUCCAGAUGAUGAAGGAUCCUUACUUCAUACACGGGCCGCACAUGCCUCACCCCAAAUCACCCCUCAUCCUCCUCUACAGAGAAUGCAUGUCCCUUGUGGGGAUAUGGGCCGCCAUCAACGCCUUGUUCAAUCUAAACGACAUGGCCCAAUACUACUUCUUAAAGACAUUCUUCCCUUCUCGCGCCGCCCUAUGGCACUACGCAUCUACGUUUGGCUCCGUGUCAGAGAUAUUCAACCGUGGACUGGCAGGAUGGUGGGGUGCAUGGUGGCAUCAGACAUUCAGGCUAGAAUUUCUCGGUCCAUCGACAUAUCUCCUGCAAAAUGGAUACAUCAAACGAGGUACACAGACCGCCGAUGCAGUCGGCUUAUUCGCGUCCUUCUUCCAGUCGGGACUCAUGCACGCGGCGGGGAGUCUUUCUUCGAUUCCGGACACCAAGCCUUGGCGGUCAAUGGUAUUCUUCCUGCUGCAAGGUAUUGGGAUCGUUUUGCAGCAACGACUGGCACUCUGUUUGCGAAGGAGCAUGGGUAGUUCGCCGAGAAUUGUUAGACAGCUGGGCAAUGUACUGUUCUGCCUCGCUUGGCUUUACAUGUCUGCGCCGUUCUUCAUAGAUGACCUGGCGUCUACCGGGCUGUGGAUGUUUGAGCCGGUUCCCAUUUCACCGUUGCGAUAUAUGGGAUUUGGACAUCCAGAGGAUCACUGGUGGCGGUGGGAUCGGGAUCAUUUGCCAAAAUGGUAUCCUGCGAAGCACUGGUGGGAAGUUGGAAUUGCGUUGUAG